AUGGCAUCAAUUCGAAGGACAUUGUCUCCGGUGCCUCGAUCUGGAAGCUUAAUGAAUGGGGAAGCAUGUCAAGUUGCAUCUCCUCUUUCUAAGUCGUCUUCGAACAGUCUGAACCCUCCACCACAUAGUAGUGUCUUGGCUUCGUCAGUUGGUUCACUCGACUAUGCAUUGUACAAAGUGCAAAAUUUUAUACUCGGCCUUUUAUCACAACGAUCUUCUCGGUCCUCAGAUAGGUUGAGGGUAAAGGGACAAGUUUGGCGGAGAGUUCUUUUCCAUUUCUUUAUAUGUUUUGUCGUUGGGGUUUUUGUUGGAUUCACCCCUUUUGUUUCACUGAAUUUGUCCAUGAACAUCGUUUCUAAACACCAAGAUUUCUACUUUGAGGUGGUCCAACCAGUUCCCAACAGCCAGUUUCAUGGCAGGAAAAGAAAUGAAAAAUCGGUACUUGGCAGAUUGUCCGUAAAUGAAAAUGCUACAUUAGAUCCUCGUGGGAUGAACAGCGAACCAAAAGACGACUUUGUUUCCAAUCGUUCUUCGAGUUCUGUCAAUCAAGGUUCAGAUCCGGUGUUCCAUGAACUUGUGAUCAUUGUGACACCUACACAUGCUCGACCCCUUCAAGCGUAUUAUCUCAAUCGUUUAGCCCACACAUUAAAAUUGGUUCCACAUCCUUUCCUGUGGAUCGUCGUGGAAAUGAACUCGCAAUCUGUGGAAACGGCUGACUUGUUGAGGAAAACCGGGGUCAUGUACAGGCAUCUAUUCUGCAGUAAGAACUCAACUGACAUGAAAGACAGAAGAGUGCACCUGCGGAAUGUGGCUCUUUCCCACAUUGAAACACACCAUCUUGAGGGAAUCGUGUACUUUGCAGAUGAUGAUAACAUAUAUUCUGCCGAUCUCUUUCACCAAAUGAGGCAGAUCAGGCGGUUUGGGACAUGGACAGUGGCGAAGUUGAUGGAAAGCAGAAACGACAUUAUCUUGGAGGGUCCAAUCUGUAAUGGCUCUCAAGUAAUAGGAUGGCACAUAGAUGACAUAACAAAUAGAUUUCGAAGAUUUCAUGCUGAGAUGUCGGGUUUUGCCUUUAAUAGUACUGUUAUUUGGGAUCCAAAGAGAUGGCACCGACCUACCCUUGAACGAAUCAGGCAGCUUGAUGCAGUCAGAGAAGGUUUCCAAGCAAGUGCAUUUAUAGAGCAAAUUGUGGAGGAUGAAAGUCAAAUGGAAUGCUUACCUCAUGAAUCAUCAGAAAUUAUGGUUUGGCACCAUAGCAUGGACUCACAUUCGUACACAGCGCUGAAAAGUUUGGUCAGGAAGUAA